CAACAGCUGACAUCAGCUACAACAGAGAGAGCGGAUGUUUUCAGCGUUUAUUUUAUACUGAAUAAAUUCACACAAUUUUUAUGAGUAUUUCUAAAAUAUUUUCAACAAAUGCUAAAUUCCAAGCAAGUUAUUUUUAAAACUUUCGGCAAAAAUAAACCCAUUAGGAUAUCUUAUGGCUUGGUAGGUAGCCGGUUUGGAGACAUCGUGCUGGGAUUUUUAACGGAUUCGAAAAAUGCAAUUUGCUAUUUGCACUUUGCGGAAAGUCAUGAUAAAGAGAAUAAAAAUUAUGAGGUAUUAUUGCAGCGACGGUGGCCAGAAGCCUUGCUUAAUGAAGAUGUGGCUCUAGCAAAAAUUCUAGCCGAUAAAAUCUUUAGUGAUGAAGCACAGGUUCUAAACGUAAUAGUAGGUGGAACUCCUUUUCAAGAGAAUGUAUGGAAGGAACUAAUAAACAUACCUUCUGGUCAGACAUGCACAUACAGUGAUAUCGCAAAGCGAAUAGGGAAACCAAAUGCUGUGCGUGCAGUGGGAACUGCCGUAGGCAGUAACGAAGUAUCCAUAGUCAUACCUUGCCAUCGCGUGGUUUCAAGGAAUGGAGAUGUUAAAUAUGGAGGAGGGAAAAUACGUAAAAUUAAUAUGCUCACAUAUGAAAGAGAAAAUUCAAAUAAGAUUUAUAAAUAAAAAUGUCCUCCUUCUUGUAAUGUACCUACAAACAUAAUAAAAUAUACAUUUUUAAAUAUCUGCAGUUACACAUCCGUGUGUAUACUUUAUA